UAAAGCCCCCCAAAUUGUUUUUUUUUUCUCAUGGUAUCCAAAAACCCGAACCCAUCUGAAGGAUUCUACUUGGAUCCGAAUGGAAUGGCGUUACCUGGACUCAGACCUUUUGCCACAGCCGCGACAACAGCUGCCGCUCCAUCUACGGUGUCUUCGUCAGAGGAUCCGUCAAAGAAGAUCCGAAAACCCUACACUAUUACCAAGUCUAGAGAAAGCUGGACCGAACCCGAGCACGACAAGUUCCUUGAAGCGCUUCAACUCUUUGACCGUGACUGGAAAAAAAUUGAAGCAUUUGUUGGGUCAAAGACAGUCAUUCAGAUUCGCAGUCAUGCACAGAAGUACUUUCUAAAGGUUCAGAAGAAUGGAACAGCUGAACAUCUACCUCCUCCCAGACCUAAAAGGAAAGCUGCUCAUCCUUAUCCUCAAAAAGCCUCAAAAAAUGCUCCAGUGCAAUCACAAGUCUCGGGUUCCUUUCAACCAUCUUCUGGUCAACUUGAACCUGGACAUUUUCUAAGUCCUGAUACCUCUUCAAUGCAUAUGAUUCCAAUGGCUAGUGCUGCUGCAUCUUCCUGGACAAACAAUGUCCAAACAGUUGGUUUAUCACAUGUGACAAAAGGGCCAGCAGUGGCAAAUAACCGAAGCAGUUCCACUGAGAGUACUCCAAAAACACGAGCCGGACGGGAAAUGACUGAUCAAGGAAAUCAUGGUCAUUUAAGAGUCCUGCCUGACUUUGUGCAAGUAUACAGUUUCAUUGGCAGUGUAUUUGAUCCAAAUGUUUCCGGUCAUUUGCAGAAACUUAAAAAGAUGGAUCCUAUAGAUGUUGAAACGGUGCUGUUGUUGAUGAGAAACCUCUCAAUAAAUUUGACUAGCCCCGAUUUUGAGGAUCAUAGAAAGCUGCUUUCAUCCUAUGAAAUCGAGACAGAGGCGGCCAACUAUGGUGGUGCAAAUAAUGUCCUUAUUAAUGAUCAACAGUGCAAAAAUGUUGCGUAGUUUCGGAGAACUGAGUAUCCAAUAGCUUCAACAGCCAACCUAGUAUCAAAGAAAAGAUACACUGGUUGUCACUGGUGUCUCCAGUUGGAUAGACAUUUGGCUGCACUGUCUGACAAUACACUCACCCACUGUGUCAGGUUCAUGUAUAUAUUUUUUGAAGAAAAAAAAGAAGGGCAAGAAAUCGUAAUAGAGGAGUGUAUAGUUCAAGCUGUUUUAUGAGGGUUAGCCUGUAAAGUGAUGUAUUAUUGUGUAUUACAAUUUUGACGCAUUAUUUUUGGUGAUGUAUAUGCAUUGUUCUGUGUACCUCUUGUAAUAUUUUCCUAGAACAAGUAUAUACUAGUUUCAAAUUUCCGGCUUAGCAUGUGUGGUGGUAUGUAAUCAAUGUUUUAAAACCCGGUCCAGCCCGGCCGGUUUAAUUGGUUCAAUCGGGACCUAGAAGCUUCAACGGGUCGGGUUUAUAUUUUUCCUAUUCACCCAAAACCCUAGGAUUUGAGAGAAUGAUCAGCAAACAAUUAACAGUCGGGAUGUUGGGGUUUUUGAAGAGAAAGUGUUGGAGAAUGCAAUGGUGGUGACGAAGUUGAUUUUUGGUGAGUAAAUUGAUCGAAAAUCGAACAAACUAGCAGCGGCAACAAUCGGUUUUUGCUGGCAAUUGACGAGGCUAACGGGGGUGGAGUGAGGUGGGUUUUAGUCGGGAGGAAGAGGGGAGUAAUAUCUAGGUGAUGGAGAGGGUUGUUAAUGCUGACGUCGAUGAGAUUUGGCAUGGAAUAUCGACACCGGCGUUGGUGAGAUCUGGCCGAAAUCGAAUCUAUUUCGGUCAGAUCUUGAGUAUAUUUUAAGGAGAAUGGCUUCAAGGGACGAUUAGGGUUACAUAUGGGGUGUUGUUGUCGUCAAUCAGUCGUCGGUCGAUUUGUAUUUGGGGUGUGCUUGUUAAAUUUCAAGCCUAUAAGGACUUACCUGUAAUUUUUAAGAGUAUUUGUUGAAUUUUAUACGUUUUUGUCAA